AUGAAGCUGGUACUUCCUAACCCAGGUUUGGAUGACAGGAUCCCUUCCUAUGAUGAUCUGGAGAGGAUGGAUAAGGAGGAGGCUGGGGACAGGCCAAAAUGGGACAACAAAGCCCAGUACAUCCUAACCUGUGUGGGAUUCUGCGUUGGGAUUGGCAAUGUGUGGAGGUUCCCUUACUUGUGUCAAAGUCAUGGAGGAGGUGCAUUUUUAAUUCCCUACCUGAUCCUGCUUGUCCUGGAAGGAAUGCCUCUCUUGUUGCUGGAGUUUGGCAUCGGCCAGCGUCUCAGGAAAGGCAGUGUAGGAGUCUGGAGGUCCAUCAACCCUUAUCUGACUGGUAUUGGUAUAGCCUCCAUGUUGGUGUCCUUAUUGAUUGGACUGUACUACAACACCUUGAUAGCCUGGAUUAUCUGGUAUCUCUUCAAUUCCUUUCAAAGCCCGCUGCCUUGGACCCAGUGUCCUCUGAAUAUCAAUGGAACAGGAUUUGUACCGGAGUGUGAACAGAGCUCCACUGUUGAUUAUUAUUUCUACCGAGUGACUUUGAAUAGUACCACCUCUAUAACUGACUCUGGAGGAAUCAACUGGCCGAUAGUACUCUGCCUGUUAACUGCCUGGACAAUUGUGGCAAUCUGCUGCAUAAGGGGCAUCAGCACAGCAGGCAAGGCAGUGUACGUCACAGCCAUCUUGCCUUACAUAGUGCUGGGCAUCUUCCUGAUCAGAGGACUGACUCUAAAAGGUGCCACGACUGGAUUAAAGUUCCUCUUCACACCAGACGUGAAUGAGUUGAUAAAACCAUCCACUUGGCUGGAUGCAGGUGCCCAGGUCUUUUAUGCCUUUGGGGUGGGGUGGGGAGGCCUCAUCUCCUUUUCAAGCUACAACCCUGUUCACAACAACUGCGUGCAAGAUGCUGUGAUCCUGUCGGUCGUGACUAGCCUCACCUCAGUGUAUGCUGCAGCAGUUACUUACUGCAUCAUUGGCUUCAGAGCAACUGAAAAAUAUGAUACCUGUAUCAGUGAUAACAUCAUGAAAUUAUUAAAUGAAUUUGAGCUCCCUGAAGACAACAUCACCACAAGCAACUAUGAGGAGGCCUUUAAUAGUCUCAACAGCUCUUAUCCUGAUAUAGUUCUUGGAUUGGACAUCAAAACUUGUGACAUGCAGAAACUUCUUAGUGAGGGAGUGGAGGGAACAGGUCUGGCCUUCAUCGUGUUCACAGAAGCCAUCACCCAGAUGCCCGGUUCUCCAGCUUGGUCCGUCCUCUUUUUCGUCAUGCUUUUCAGCUUAGGACUCUCGACCCUGUUUGGCAACAUCGAAGGAGUGGUGGUCCCAUUGAAAGACUUGAAUGUAUUCCCUAAAAAAUGGCCACAUGAAGUACUGACAGGUUUAACAUGUGCCAUAGCCUUCAUCAUCUGUCUCCUGUUUGCCCAGAAUUCAGGGCUUUAUUGGGUAACUCUCUUUGACAACUUUGCUGGAUCUGUUCCACUUCUGACCAUUGGAUUGUUCGAGAUGAUAGCUGUUGUAUACAUUUACGGAAUUGACAGGUUCAAUGAGGACUUUGAGUUCAUGGUUGGAUACAAGCCCUCUAUCUUUUGGCAAAUUUCAUGGAGGUUCACCAGUCCUCUAAUUGUGCUGGUUAUUUUAGUUUUCUACCUGGUGACACAAGUCCAAGAAGCACUCACGUACUCAGUUUGGGAUCCCGACUCUGAGAAGUUCCCGUCUCUGGCUUCAGUACCCUACCCUUCUUGGAUAUACGUGAUCAUCUUUCUGUUGGCAGGAGUUCCCAGUCUGGUAGUGCCUGCGUAUGCAUUGUGUAGAUUUGUCUUUGUUUGCUGUAAGAACAAAAAGCACCAGGAGAUGAGUAAACUCAAGAAUCUGUAG